AAGACAGCGCCCUGGCUUGCAGGCAUCCUCUGGGAAGGGAGCCAGGAGACUGGGUUGGAUGAAUGGGGAUUUCCAGGCACCCUUCCCCCCCAGACAGUACCCACAGCCCAGCUGAGAGGGGAGAGGGCCCAGUGCAUGGCACUGCCGUGGAACGCUGGCCCCGGGCAUCGGGGCAAACCGCACCUCUAAGGGAGAGGGGCCUUGGUCCUUUGUGUGCCCUGGGAUUUGAACCGUGGUUGCAGGGUGCCCUGAUGGUCCUUAAACCCUCCCGAAGGUCCAACCCCUGUGUCCCCAGGGUGACUCUCAGCCCUGAUUGGCAGAGGCUCAGGGGAGUUUCCCAACACGCCUCUCCCGGCCCGGGGCAGUGAGGGCCAUCCAGCCAGGGCUGGUCCUGGGGGGAGAGGCACAGGUGGGUUCCCCGGGGGCUGCGCCUGGAGACCCGCCCCGGGACGUGUCCGCCCAUAUCCCAGCGAGGGGGAUCCGGGUCCCUGCCCGGGGUCUCUCCGCUGAGCGCCCCGCGGGGCCGGGCAGUGCCCUCCGCAGCCCCCACCUGCUGCCCAUGUCCCGGCUCUGUCCCCGCAGCGCCCAGCCCCAUGGACCAGACCGGCCUCGGCUCGGGCAACAGCUUCCCGGCGCUGAUCCGCAAGAAGCGGGACGGGGAGAAGCUGCGGGAUGAGGAGAUUCGCCACUUCGUCCGGGCCGUGACCCGUGGGGGGCUCCAGGAGGGGCAAAUGGGGGCCAUGCUGAUGGCCAUCCGGCUGCGGGGCAUGGAUCCGGACGAGACGCUGACUCUGACCCGGGAGAUGGCGGUGUCGGGAAGGGUCCUGGAGUGGCCCGACAGUUGGCAGAGGCUCCUGGUCGACAAACAUUCCACGGGGGGCGUGGGAGACAAGGUCAGCCUGCCCCUGGCCCCGGCCCUGGCUGCCUGCGGCUGUAAGGUGCCCAUGAUCAGUGGCCGGGGACUGGGCCAUACCGGGGGCACGCUGGACAAGCUGGAGUCCGUGCCGGGGUUCAACGUCUCUCAGAGCCCCGAGCAGAUGAGGUGCAUCCUGGAACAGGUGGGGUGCUGCAUCGUGGGGCAAAGCGAGGAGCUGGUCCCGGCGGACAAGGUGCUCUACGGCCUGCGGGACGUCACGGCCACCGUCGACAGCCUGCCCCUCAUCACAGCUUCCAUUCUGAGCAAGAAGGCAGCAGAGAAGGUCUCGGCCCUGGUGCUGGACGUGAAGUUCGGCAGCGCUGCCCUCUACACCAGCCUGGACAGCGCCCGGACCCUGGCCCAGAGCCUGGGCAGGCUUGCUGGGGGGCUGUGCCGGGGACGACGGGACGAGAGCAGCACCUUGGGGCAGAGGGGUGGGAGGGGACUGCGGGGGGGGGGGUCUCCAUGUGCAGGAGUGAGACCCCAGCCCAUCUCUCCCGGCGCAGGGGGCUCUCUGCUGUGGCAGUGCGGGAAGGCCGGCUCGGUGGGGCAGGGCGCUGCCCGCAUCGCAGCCUCGCUGGCUGAUGGCUCGGCCCUGGGGAAGUUCCAGGCCAUGCUGCAGGCCCAGGGGGUGGAGGCCGGCGUGGCCCAGGCCCUGUGCACAGGGACGGAGGAGCAGCGCUACCAGGUGCUCGGCCGGGCUCGUGGCCAGGAGGAGCUGCCCGCGGCCCAGGACGGCACAGUGCAGAGGGUCGAGGCCCUGCCCAUCGCCCAGGUGCUGCAUGAGCUGGGAGCCGGCCGCACCCAGAAGGGGCAGCCAAUCAACCACCACGUGGGGGCCGAGCUGCUGGUGACGGUGGGGCAGCGCGUGGCUAAAGGUUCACCCUGGAUCCGGAUUCACUACGACACCCCGGAGCUGAGCAACGAUCAGAGACACACCCUGCAGGGGGCGCUGGUCCUGGCAGGCUCGGAGCCCUUCGCGCCCAGCUGCAAGGUCGCUGAGAUCAUCCUGCCACAGGGCAGCCGGUCACUGGAGGAGGUGACAGGGGAGCAGGGCUUGGGGAGCAGCCAGGCACUGCUCUGCUCUGCCUGAAGGGCGGGGUCCCCUGCCAGCUGGCUCCCCACAGCCCCAUGCAGACGCUGCCCCCCGGGACCCUCUGCCGCCUGGACAGUGCAACUUGCCAUCACCCUUCACCCCAGUGCCAGCCCCUGCCAGCGCUAACCACUGAGCAAUAAAGUGUCUUGCUCUGCUA